AUGGCUAGCGAUAUUCUCCGUGUUGAGAACUCCAGUAUUCCAUUUGCGCAUGUUUUCCAGAAGGUCUCGGCCAGGCCCGUCGGUGCCAUCUACAGUGUCCAGUUCCACGAUCCUCGGUGUCUUCUUCGGGUCCCAGACGCCCUCGAGCGCCUCGAGGCAGACUUGACACAACGUAUUGGAUCUGUGCGGUGCCGCGAUGACUUUCAGCUGGGCUACCCGAACUUUGAACGCUAUUGUGCCAUCGUGUUAGAAGCCACGCGACCCAUCAUCCUCUUCUGCCGCGGCCUUAGCGAGCGGGGGCACCUUGACGUCGCUGACGCUCUCGGCACCGGCCUGCUUGAGCUCGUCGACCAAGCCGCGCAAACGGUGGUCCCUUUUCCGCGCGUCGAGCAGCCAGCGGUCGGACAGCGAGACGUUGUUCCCAACCCCUACAGGGAUGAAACCCUCGAACUAGGCCUUGACUCGUCCGCCCAGAUUUGGAAGGACACGCUGGAAGCCGGGAAAACCUACGUCUUGCGCCUCGGGUCUGCGGCCUUCGACGAAAAUGUAUUGUGGUGCCGCUACCGCGAUGCCGACGACGCUGCCGACUUGGUCGUGCAGAAUCCUCCCCUGCGGCUGCAACGCAACAAAACCGUGAGCUUCACCGUCUACCACGAUCCCGACCCGCCGACCUUCACCGGCUUCUUCAGCGUCGAGCCUGCUGUCUGUCAUGUGCCGCCAUCGGACCCGAAUAACCACAUUCAUAAUAUGGAUCCUCUUCCGAACGCGUUCAAGUUCGUCGUCGACAUCACAUCAAAUGCCCCCGCACCAAUCACCGUGUGCAUCCAACAGAGCGUCUUUGGUUCCACUCUGCCAUUCGGCGGCCUCAGCAGUCUCGGCGAAUUCGCGGACUGCGUCGACGCUGAGUCGGGAGAGGAAGCCCACUUCUCGGUCGGCUUCCAGUGCUUCGACAGCAAUCCGUGGCCUGAAUGGCCCGAAGACGAGGACCUCGUCGAAAUACCGCCGGCUGGGAGCGCCACCGUGCGCUUCGUGCAAGAGUUCGGGGAGCAUGACCAGAAGCACUCGUUCAAGCCUGGGCGGCGAUACCGUGCGCAAAUGUCGAGAGGGGCGAAGGGCGGGUUCUAUCAGUGGAUGUUUGGCACGAAGGAGCAGAUUUUGAGGGGCACGGUGGAAGAGAGGAAGGCGAGGUGGGAUGAGGCACAUCCGAGAGGCCGAAGGGAGAUCGAAGUACAGCAGGUGAAUGAGCCGGUAGAGUUCGAUGCAGUGAAUUAA